GUCCCCAGUAAAUAAUCUUAGAUGUAUUAGGUGCCAGCUGAGAGGUAGUGUAACUUUGGGAAGUGUGUAUGUGUAUGCACGGAACAGUGUUUAAGUUCCAUGUAUGUCACUGCGUGUUGCACCAAAAGGGACAAAUUCGGGGAUGAUGAUGAUGAUAAUGAUGAUGGUGAUGGUGGUGGUGAUGAUGAUGAUGGUGAUGAUGAUGAUGAGGAGGAGGAGGAGGAUGGUGGUGAUGAUGAUGAUAAUGGCGACGACGACGAUGAUGAUGAUGAUGAUGAUGAUGAUGAUGAUGAUGAUGAUGAUGAUGAUAUACAGGACCAUAAUUGUAGCAACUCUUUGUCUCGAGACUAUAAUCAGCGGAUCCUGGAACAUCUGCAAAUGCACCAUCUGAACUUACCCUGUUGAGAUAACCCAAUUGAUAUCGUUUGACUCUAUAAUACUCUCUCACAAAGAUAUGUGACUGUUAA